AAGUAGACGCGAGUGCGUCACUUCCGGGGCGUUGCCGAGAUGGUCAUGGCGGAGGGUACAGCAGUCCUGAGGAGGAACCGUCCAGGAACCAAGGCGAAGGAUUUUUACAGCUGGCCCGAUGAGUCCUUAGAGGAGAUGGACAGCACUCUGGCAGUGCAGCAGUACAUCCAACAGAACAUUCGCUCCGACUGCGCCAACAUCGACAAGAUCCUGGAGCCUCCCGAGGGCCAAGAUGAGGGCGUUUGGAAAUACGAGCACCUGAGACAGUUUUGUCUGGAACUGAACGGCCUUGCUGUUAAAUUACAGGGAGAAUGCCAGCCUGACACAUGCACACAAAUGACCGCUACAGAGCAGUGGAUCUUCCUAUGUGCUGCACAUAAAACCCCUAAAGAGUGUCCCGCUAUCGACUACACGAGACACACGCUGGACGGAGCCGCCUGCCUUCUAAACAGCAACAAGUAUUUCCCCAGCCGAGUGAGCAUAAAGGAGUCAUCGGUGGCAAAGCUGGGUUCGGUCUGCCGCCGCAUCUACAGGAUAUUCUCCCACGCUUACUUUCACCACCGCCAGAUAUUCGACAAGUAUGAGGAUGAGACCUUCCUGUGUCACCGUUUUACUCGAUUUGUAAUGAAAUAUAACCUGAUGUCGAAGGACAAUCUCAUCGUGCCCAUUCUGGAGGAGGAAGUGCAGACUGCUGGCUCUGCCGAGAGUGAUGCCUGAGGAUACACACGCACAUGCACGCACACACACACACACACACACACACACACACACACACACGCUGUACAAUUUCAUGCAAAAUUGUUAACAUUUUUUGUAUCGACGCUAACAUAUUUUUUGUGAAUCAAUGCUAGUGGUUGCCCUUACACAGGAUCUCAUUUUUGCACACCACCACUAGCCACCUCCAUUUAUCAUCGGCGGUGUUAGGAUUCUUUGAGCGAGGUCUUCGGUUAACAUGUCAUAUUGCUAACAUAAAGUACCUCACCCAUAUAAAUGCACAGCCUCAUCUGUAACACAUUGUUUUGCAUCAUUCUAUUCAUCUCAAAUGAGACCUUAUAAAGGCCAAACUCUUCUUACAGGAGCAUCACAGAAAUCAGCUGGCUGAUACACACACACACACACACUCGGCUAUGCCAUCGGUCGAGUUACAGCAACACUACCAGGGCAUUUUAGUGUCAUAUGGUUAAAAAUAAAUAAACAUUUAGCAGGGUAACCAUGGUUACUACAUGAUCUAAUUAAUCACGGGGCAAAGUUUUUAACUGACUUCUUGCUUUUCUUUGCUUGUGUUUUCUUUACUCCUGCCUAAGUUAUUGCUAAUGUACUGAAGUUUAAAACAUUCACAGCUAAGACCAUCCCGCCUUUUUUUUUCUUUCUAUAAAACUAUCAUUUACAUUAGUAUGUGAAUAUAUAACUAAUAAACAAGUGUACAGAGCCA